AUUGUACAUAAUGAAUUUUAUUUUUUUAAUAUAGAAGAUGACAUGCAAGUCAUUUUGAUAGUUGUCUCAUUGGCACAUCAUCUCCUUAUUUUUAUAUGGAACUUGAUGAUGCUUUAAAAGAACAACAUGAGACAUGACUUAUUGUAAUGCGAAUUUAAUUUUUUUUUAACUUUAAGAAAGAUAAAAAUCGAUAAUAUUAUUUUGUUGAAAAACAUAAUCGUAUAUUGAAGGCCAUGUCAAGGCGGACAUACCACUUAAAACGGAUUACAUGGUAUAAGUAGUAGUUGUGUUUUAGAUAGUAAGCUUAUUGUUAAUAUCUCUCAGGAAAGCUAUUUCCUGUAAAUUGGUCGGGACAUCACAUUAUAUUAAUGGAAAAACAUUAGGUUAUUGUUUGUAGGAUAUUUCAAUAGUAAUUAAAAAACAUGACUACCCUUUCAGAAUCAGAACAGGAAAAGCGUCAAAAGACCAUGUUCAUCAACAGAGUACUGCGAGCUAUACAUGUAAAGCUGUUAACGAAAAAGGGAAAAGAAAUUUUGGAAACAGAGUCUAGUUUGAAAAACAGAACAGCCUCCUCAUCAUCAAAAUUUGAUUUUGACGAAUGCUGCUUAGAUAUAAUCGAUUUGAAUGACGAAGAUACGACUUGUCUAUCUGGUGGUCAGUUAGUAUUUAUAGAUGCUGAUGGAGAAGAGGAUACACACUAUUUCGAUGAAAGUCCAAAAGAAGUAAACGAUAAGGAGGAGAAGGACAAAACCUGUAUUUCCUGAGAACAAAUACAAUACCAUGUUAAAGACGCGUUACAGGUGUCUUUCAAAGACGAAUAUACUAUACAGGUGAAUGAUUGGAAAAUAUAAAUUUAAUAUGGAAUUGCGAUGUGAUAUAAUCUUCAA